UCCUGGUCAAGGUAAAAAUGGCGGCCAUCUCGUCUCUAUACAGCGACAUGCACAACCACCAAUGGAUAGAUCCAUGGUGCAUGUCGCGGUCGGACACGACGCUCUUUCUCCGGCGCCCGUUCCUGCGGCGUACUCGCCAAAGUCUCGCGCGCGCACUCGCCAGCCCAAGACACGCGCGUGAGAGAGAUCCCCGUGAUUUUAUUCCUCCCCGUGAUCCUUCUUCUUCUUCUUCAUGCCGCCCACGUCUGCUUGACACCAUAUAUCAGCAUCCGUCCGGCCUCUCAAAUCUCUACCGCCUUAUCCAUCGACCGGCAGUGCAGAACUAGCCAUCGCAUUUCUUGCAUUUCCAUCUAGCUAACAACGCCAUGGCCGCCGUGCCGCAGCGGCAGCACCUGUUUCUGGUCCUCGCCCUCGCCGCGGCCGUCGCCCUUCCACAGGUGGCCUCGGCCUCCUCCUACCGCUGCGGCUGGUGCCCGCGUCGCUCCACGGCCUCCCUCCUCCCUCCCGACGCCCCCGUGCUCACCGGCGCUGCCUGCGGAUACGACCCGGAGACGGUAGCAUCGGGGUUCACCGACGGGGGGUUCCACAUUGCGGCCGUCAGCGCCGGCUUCUUCCGCCGCGGCCAGGCAUGCGGCGCGUGCUACCAGCUGAAGUGCAGGGGCCGGGCGGCGUGCGCGGAGGACGGCGUCAAGGUCGUGGUCGUCGGCGACGCGCCGGACGCUAACGUUACAGGCGACGGUGGGUUCAUGCUCACCAGGGACGCCUUCGCCGCCUUGACCAACCGCGGCGGCGAUCGCCUCGCGCGCCAGGACGACGACGACGCGACCAUCGACAUCGACUUCAGAAGGAUACCGUGCGCGUACAGCGACAAGAACCUGUCCGUGAGAGUGGAGGAGGCGAGCGUCAAGAACCGGGGCCGCCUCGUCCUCCGCUUCCUCUACCAGGGCGGGCAGACCGACAUCGCCGCCGUGGAGGUGGCCCAGGCGGUUGUUAACGCCGACGAUGACGCCGCGCCGUCGCCGGCGUCGAUGUGGCGGUACAUGACGCGGCGGGAGGGCUCGCCGGGGGUGUGGAGCACGUCGCGCGCGCCGGACGGCCCGCUCCGUUUCAGGGUCGUGGUGACCGCCGGGUCAGGCGGCAAGUGGCUGCACUCCGCCGGUGCGGUGCUGCCCGCGGAGUGGGCGCCCGGAGGUGUGUACGACACCGGGCUCCGCGUCGCCGACGUCGCCGCCAGCACAUGCGGCGGCGCCUCUUGCGGCUCUGCCGACGAGAACGGCGACAAGGAGCUCCGAUGACACACACUUCCACGGCGUGAAGUCUAAUCGACGGUACGAUAUUGGAGCAUGCACGGAUGUACGCCAAUGGCGGCGGUUCCUGCACCACCGGCCGGCCACCGGCAACACCACCGGAGGUCCCGCGAGCUGCUGCAUGUACACUGUACAGAGACGUGUACGUGCCAGCGCCUACGUACAUGCAUGUGUGGCGCAUGAUCACCGCCGACGGCCAAAUUACAGUUAGGACAAAGUUCCCGUGUCUGGCUCUAGACCGGGGACGCUGGCACUUAGCGUCACGUGUGGCGGGAAAGGAGUUAGUGCAGCAUGUACAUAGCUUGUUUUGGUCUUGGAAUCACAUGACAGCGUUGCUGUUUCUGCUGCUA